AUGAGUCCUCACAAAGUUGAGAUCUUGCCUUCGCGAGCCGCCCUUCCUCAAUACGGCAUCUCCAAGAACGGGUUUCUGCCCGAGAAGGCACCGUUGGAGCGACUGCCACAGGCAUGCUACCAACCGUGGGAGCAAAUAAUCAUAGAGCUACCGAAGCUCAUUGAGAAGCAGCAGAUCCGGGAGAAGGUGGAUGCUCUUCCUGUAAUAGGAACCGAGCAACUAAGCAGCGAAGCCGAAUGGCAACGGGCAUGUUCCAUCUUGGCACUAAUAGCCCAAGGCUACAUCUGGACUGGCCCAGAGCCAUCUCAGCGACUUCCUCCCGCCAUCACUGUCCCCUUUCUCCAAGCGUCCGAACAUCUUGAGGUGCCGCCAAUUGCAACGUACGCAACAUUGAACUUGUGGAAUUGGAGGAUCCUUCGGGAGGGCGCGGACAUCACACAACCAGACAGUCUCGUGGCUCUACAGACGGCCACUGGCACGGAUGAUGAGUCUUGGUUCUUGAUCAUCUCAUGUGCCAUGGAAGCAAGAGCAGGACCGCUCAUCGACAGAAUGCUUGGCGCCCUAGAAGCAGUAGAAGCCAAUGACGUGCCGACUAUUAUCGCUGCUCUGGAAUAUUUCAAGCAACGCCUGGACGAAAUCGGACGUCUGCUUGAACGUAUGGAUGAGCGAUGCAAUCCCCAAGCUUUCUACCACACAAUCCGGCCUUUUCUCGCUGGCAGCAUGAAUAUGGAGGCUGCGGGAUUGACUAAUGGAGUCUUUUACGAUGAAGGCGACGGAAAAGGCUCUUGGAGGAAAUACCGGGGUGGCAGCAACGGCCAAAGCUCGAUAUUACAAUUCUUUGAUGCUGUCCUCUCUGUCAACCACUCCCGCUCUGGAGGCUUCCAUCCUGAGAUGCGAAAAUAUAUGCCUGGUCCCCAUAGGCGUUUUCUGGACGAUGUCGAGGCAAUUUCGAACAUUCGUAGCUUUGUUGCUAGUCAGGAAAGGAACGUCGCUCUCACGGUUGCCUUUAAUGAUGCAGUCAAGGCGUUAGGUGCUUUUAGAGACAAGCACAUCGCACUCGUCACUCGAUACAUCGUCAUCCCCAGUCGCAUGCCGAAGCCAGAGCGUGGUGUAAUCCGCAAGGAUAUCGCCUCUGCUUCCACGAAGAUGGCACUGGAGGCCCAGACUCAGGAGCUACGAGGUACGGGCGGUACUAAGCUGAUUCCCUUCUUGCGGACUUCGAGAGACGAGACCAACGAGACGGCUGUUGAGAGAUGA